UCACUUUCUACUUGUUUUACGACAACAGCUCAGUUUUUUGUCCAGACAAAACUGACUCAUACUGAUGACGGUUAAUGUUUAACAUUUGUAAUAUUUCACUUUUUGUGCCAACAUGAGUUGAGCUCUGCUAACUAAACAUCUCUGCAUGCAGGUUUCAUGACUAAAUUUGUGUCUGUGGUUUAUUCUAAAUGUUCAUACUGAUGUUGUUUAACGGGAUUUUAACUCAUGCAUUUCUAUAGCAGCUCUGUGGUAGACCUGUCCCAGUGUGCCCAGUCAGAGUUCUCCCAGUUCCUGCAUAUCUGCUAUUAUAAUUUAUAUAGUGACAGUUUAUGUUGAAGAUGAUGAACGUUUCACAGGUGUCAUAUUUCACUCUCAGUGCCUACUUUGAUAUUGGCCUGUUUAGGUAUGUAGUUUUCAUUUUCCUCAUGUGUGUUUACAUCUUCAUCAUAUCGUCUAAUGUGUUGCUAAUUGCGGUGAUCUUUGUGAACAGGAGCUUACACAAACCUAUGUACAUGUUUCUGUGCAGCCUGUUUGUGAAUGAACUUUAUGGUAGCACAUCAUUGUUUCCUUUCCUGUUGGUUCAGAUCCUCUCUGAUGUUCACACUGUUUCUGUUCCUCUCUGCUUCCUUCAGAUCUUCUUUCUCUACAUGUAUGUAAACGUAGAGUUUUAUAACUUGGCGGUCAUGUCUUAUGACAGAUAUCUGGCCAUCUGUCACCCUCUGCAUUACAACACACAGAUGUCCUUAAACAAGGUUGUCAGGCUGACUGCAUUACUGUGGGGUCUCUCUGUUGUUGUUAUUGUUUUAAUGAUAACCUUUAAUGUCUCCUCUGAACUGUGUGGAACCACUAUUGACAGAGUUUUCUGCGCCAACUAUUAUGUUGUGAAGUUGUCCUGCAACAGUGCAACAGUCAGUAACAUCUACGGACUGGUCUACACUUUCUCUGUGCUCUUUAGUCUGGCGGCGUUGAUUUUCUACACAUAUUUUAAGAUCCUGCAGGUGUGUUUUUCUGGAUCCAAGGAGACCCGACAGAAAGCUGUCAGCACCUGCACUCCUCACCUGGUUUCCCUGCUGAACUUCUCUUUCGGCUCUUUCUUUGCUGUAUUACAGAGCAGGUUUGAAAUGACCAGAGUUCCCAAUGUAAUACGUAUUAUUUUAUCUUUAUACUUCAUCACCUGUCAGCCACUUCUAAAUCCCCUCCUGUAUGGACUUAAACUAAGUAAGAUCCAAAUCAUCUGUAAAACUCUUUUCUAUAGUCAGAAAUAA